AUGGUGUUGUGUGGCUACAGUCGGCGGCACCUUGUGCCUGUCGCUCGAGACCUGGCACAAGGCACCUCAACAACACGAUCGAUCGCUACAUCCCGAGUCGCGACGAUCACGACGCAAUCUGCUGCGACUCGAGCAGACCUGCCUCAUCAGAGCAGCGCCAACAAGGGCGCCGAUCAUCAGCGUCACGACAGCUGGUCCUUCUUCUUUCCCGAUCACCUUUCAUGGGCGCAGAGGCCACCGCCAGCAUCGCGAGCCAGGCAUCCGCUGGUCAAGAAGCUCAUUUCAGAGAUCUAUAGCACCUCUCGCGCUCCAUCCGCCAACCGUGUCUGGAAGGCCUACACGGACUUAAAAGAGUCGUAUGAUGCCAGCUCGACAGCCUCUCCUUCUUCCGCAUCGACCUCUCUGCUUUCUCAACUCGAGCCAGCCCACCUGCAACAUGUUCUGCGCUCCAUCGACCCUUCCGUAGCCAAGACUAGGAAGCUUUCUCGCGCCGAGGGCAAGCGUCGACAGAGCCUGCGGCAGCAGCAGUCCUUCUUAGCCUCCGGCAGCAUCCCGUCAAAGAUCCUGCUAGUAGAAGCACACAACGCUCGACAUUCGGGCAAGAUCUUCGAUGCGCAGCAUCCUGUGCGCGAGUACAUGCGUCGUGUACAGAUCAUCUUCAGAGACAUGAGGCUUCAUUCUUCCAUCGUUCGCACCACUAGCUCUGCCGUUGAAGCUCUGCCCAGUCUCGCAGACUACAACCACGUCCUCUCACGUCUCGCCUCUGGCGGCCAUAUCGGACCCAUGUCAUCUAUCUGGAACGAAAUCGCCGGCGCUUCUUCUAGGUCAGGGUCCGUUGGCCUGCAACCCAACAUCCACACGUACAGAGAGCUCAUGAUCGGGCUCAGCCGACAUGCCACCGAGCAGAUUGAAAGGGUGCAGAAGGGCGAAGCCUCCAAGCUCUUUGAUUAUUCGGGCAAACGAAGGGAGCUCGACAGAUCGGCCAGAGCUGCCGCAACGGGCAUGGCAAGGUUCGGACAGGUCUUGGCUCCUUCUGCGAGAGCUGCAGCCAUCUUGGCAGCGCUUCGCACCAUGGCUCUUCUCAAGGAUAUGAGGGAUCACGCAGUAACGCCCAACCAGAUCACGCUCGAUUUUGCGGCCAGGACACUAAGGCUUGCGGGACACAUCGAUGGCAUUCACUUGCUCAUGCAACAAGCCUACGGCAUCGAUCUCAGCACCCUCGAUUCGGCGGACGCUGCGCAGAAGCAACAGCAAGGCCCUGCUCCUACAACGCACACACUCAACACCAUCCUCAUGGCGCUUGGCGAGCAGGCCAGUGUGCCGGAGAUGGUAUCGACCUUCGAGACCCUGGCCAAGCCGCUUCCAGUGAAGACGUCCGAUGCAGACGCCGCUGCUUCCGCCGAGGGUGUUUUUGCGACCAAUUGGAAAGACAUCUUCAACAGCAUGCGGAAUCGCGAGGCCGAGGUCGCGCAGCUGGGCAACAACGCCGAAGAGUCUAACAUCCCAGAAGUGUUUGCUCCUACCUAUCCGCAUCGCAUCUGUCCCAACACAAAAACGUUCGAGAUCCUCCUGCGCCACUGCUGCGUUGAGGUGGACCCACUUCGGUCCCCCGUGGCUCUGAAGACGGAAUCCAACAACAGCUCUGUGGCCACGCUUGCCCGGGAAGCUACCGAGUCGGCUCUUGCCGAGAUGCAAGACGGUGGACGGCGUGCCGCUGAAAUGGAGCGCAGGACGAAAGGCGCUUACGCCUUGUUUGCAAAGAGUCUUCUGUCCGAAGCCUUGGACAGAUCGAAUGACCUUUUGCGCGUCACCGCUCGAAAUCUCGGCAUUAGCUACGAGCGUGUGGAACAGACGCAUUUGGCGACCGACUCUGCACACGAUACUGCUGCUGAAGGAGCCGUCGACGCGGCCGAUUCCCUGCCGCGUCCGGAAUACCUGCGUUUCUCGGUAACGCAUGGCCGAGCGAUGGAUGUCGACUUUCUGCCGAUCCUCGAGCCACCUCAUUUCUCCAUCACCGAUACCAUGGUCGAGCCGUUCAUCUCGCUCGCAUCUGCGCGCAAGAACAUGGGCGAGCUGCGCUGGAUCCGUGCCAUGCUAUCCAAAGCUUUGGAGAACAAGAUCGCAGAAGCCCAGAUGAUCGCCACAGCAUGGCAAGUCUACAGUGCGCGCUAUUCCAAGGCGCGCCAACUCGCAUCGAGGCAAGACGCAGACAGCCCGUCUGCCUCUGAUGAACUUCAAGACUUCGCGCCUCUGCAGCUCAACGACCAAAAGCCUGGUGAGAUCUUUGCCUUCCUCAAUCGAUUGCGCCAACAGCAUCGUUUGGCUCACAAACAGGCGCAAGCUCUGGAGCAGGUGCUUUACGACAAACUCGACGAGCGUCUGCGUGGUCUCGCGACGGCUAGAAAUGCCAGGCAGUGGCAGCGAGCACGCGCACACCGAGAAGAACGGCUUCGAGCCGAGAAGCAGCGGCUCGAAGAUGAAGAGCGCGAGAUGGAACGCAAAGCGCAGGCGGCUGAAGCCCGAAGGCUCAGAGCGCUGCAGAAGGAGCAGCAGGAGGCUCAACAGGCUUCCACCGAUCACGCUCGUUCCCACAUAGAAAUCGCCUCGACUGCAUCGGCGUAG